AUGGAGGAAGCCGUGACGCAACUGGCGCGUUUGGGUCGAGAAGCCAUAAUCGUUGGUUCCUUGGCUUCCAUCCAACUUUGUGUCUCCUGGAGGUUCCUGAUCACAACCACUAGAUGCAUUAGCUGGCAGGAAGCUCUGCUUGCCGCCAUCAGCGAGAAGGACGCAAACAUUGCGCUGCUUGAACUGUCCUCGUCCCGGAAGAAGAAGACGCAGGAGGAGGUGGCCUCUCUGAAGAGGGAGAAGGACCGGCUUGUCCAGCAGCUCAAACAGCAGACGCAGAACCGGAUGAAACUGAUGGCGGACAACUACGAAGUGGACCACCUGAAGUCUUCUGCCCAGUCCAACCAAACCAACCACAAGCCCUCCCCAGAUCAGAUGAUCCCACCCCUCUUAGACCUUAACCAGAAUCGCAGCAAACUCAAACUGUACAUCGGGCACCUGACUGCUCUGUGCCAGGACAGAGACCCCCAAAUCCUCCACGCGCUUCACCCCCCGGACUCCUACUAUCUGGACGACAACCGGGCAGUUUGGGAGCAGAAGCUGCAGAAGAUGACAGCCGAACAACUGAGCGAGGAGCUAGAGAAAUGUGAGCGUGAGAGUGCGGAUCUGCAGGAAUUCGCCAACACCAUCCUGCAGCAGAUAGCGGAUCACUGCCCUGACAUCUUGGAACAAGUGGUCAAUGCCUUGGAAGAGUCAUCCUGACCUCACCCACUCCGGGGAACAAGGACAUCACCUUUUAGCUCUACCACACAGUGUUCGCCGACAAUAUUCCCCUCCGCCCGCCGGCUCCAGCCUCGGGCAGGGACCCGCACAUCCAGCCUUGCACUGCCUUGUCGGCACACUGGACUGUUUUGACCGUUACCGCAAGGGCUGACCCUUCUCCUGGAGUUCUGGUGUUGGCAGUAUGACCCUUCAGGACCAGAUUUUACUCAACGUCAGGUGGAGUUGACCUCCCCGGGUCAUUAGUUACAGUGGGUCCACGCUUCCGUUCAUUAACUCAUCAGACUUUUUGCAGAAAAGAGAGAGUUUGCCAGGCCCCUUGUGACGGUGUUUGACGGCAUAUCAUGUAAAGGGUCCGUUAUGCCAAACCUCGAGGCUUUAACCUGUCUAUUGAGACUGUUACAGAGGUUCCCAUCAAUCUACAAAGAUGAUAUUCCUGUCCUACAACCCGACAAGUAUUCUGGCCAACACUACAUGGUCUACGUAUUGCACCAAACUCCAUUCAUUUCCAAUAGAUCGUUGUUAACCGCCUUUUCCAGUAACUUUUUUUCCCCAAGAUUCAUCGAAGUGGGGUUGGGGGGUUGAAAAUGACAGAAUCUGUACAAUGAGCCCCUUUCCUCCUUGUUUGUCCUGGUUAGGGAGAUCUCAGCCAGCACUUUGGCGAUCCGUUCAACAAAUCCAGCAACCCAAACCCAACCAGGGUCACCUAAAGUCUCAAACACCAGCCGAUCUCCGAAAAGUCACCUUGACACAUUCACAAAUAUAUAUGUAUAAAAAGGAUCUCCCAUACUAUGACUGAAGGUGAUAUCUGACUCUACGUUUGGUUUUGUCCUUUAGAUCAGGGCAAGCAACCCGCCUCCCCCCAAGGUUUAGGCUCCAUGCCGCACUUUGCCGUUAUUCUCUUGGCGGGAAUUAUUUUUUUGCUUAUAUAUUUGUGAAAGUGACGAGCUGAACUUUUAUCGGCCAUUUUGGCUUUUGGUUUUUUUUUUAAAUCCUGCCUUUUCUAGACCUCUCUGAAGGGAGUGAAUAAGCAAUAUGCCCAGCCGAUCGCUGGUAGCGAAGUUCUGAGCUUUUGGAGAACCGUACUCUUAGAUCUAACCAUAAAUUGCAUAAUUUCCGCCGGGCUGGCUCGUUAAUCCCAGGUACAAUUUACCAUCGCUGGGGAAACCUUGCAUGGCGCUCGGUGUGCAGAAUUUUCUUUUAGUGUUGGAUAAGGUCUCUCUGAUGUCCCAGUUUGAUGCCGUACCACCGAUGUCUGUGUCUGAUGUUUGGUAAAGCUUGCCCCUCCUGGUGGCCAGCAGAAGACCCUCUACCUCUGAUCACCUCAGGAAUUCAAUGUAUCAUUCAGAACCCAUGCAAUCCAUAUCUGACCAGGAGGUUUAACGGGAAUUGGGGGGGGGGGGGAUAAUCACAAAACAAUGAGCCAUCGGUGAAGAUGAAACUUUCCACAUACUGGAGACACGGUGGAAUGUGAUGGGAUGUUUAGGCUUUUCCAGUAAGUUAUCGCCAGCCGAGGUCAAAGGUUCCUGCCAGUCUGCGGAUAAUUCAGAACCUGCUCCGUGAGCAGACCCCAGUUACAGAGCGGAGUGUGUCCUCGCUACGUCUGUAAGGAUAAACGCACCAUAAAUUAGCAGCUGUCCGUUCCACCCAGAUGUGUUUAGGCUGUACAACACGGCACGCCCAGGAAUGUUACUCCCUGAAAGGGGGAUCUUCAGUUACAAAGUCCUGAAAGUGCACCUGUCAUCUACUCCUGUUGUUUUCUGUGGUCCGAACCAAUAUUUAUUAUACGGCAACCUAACGUUCUGUUGGGUGUCCGUAAUAAGACCCAGAGGCACGAGUCGUGGUUCCUCCAUUUUGGGUAGGUGAAGAGUUCACUUUUAAGUCCACAGAAGGGACUCGAGACUGGGUCCUGCUAUCCAGACACGGAGCGAUGAUCGUCUGUUAAUCCGAAGGGCUCGCUAGACAGAAUCGUCAUGGAGAAGCAAUCAACCAGCGUAUAAAUAUCUUGUACAGUAUACCAUGGUGGUGUUGUCUUCAGUCUGGACUGGACGGAAGCUGCUCGAGGGAGGCGUAUACGAGGUGUGGUCUCGCCAAGUACAUUUUUACUCUAACAUCCUGUGUUGGCGUAUAGGUCGCAGCAGAGGGAUCAGUGAGCAUAGCGCAACGGCGAGAGGACAAAGUUCACAGGAUGCCGCUUAUCAUCCUCUGCUUAUAUAGAGGCUUCAAAAAUAUCCCCUUUAUUAAUGGCAAGAUGCAUCUGUUAUUGUUUUUAUUACUUUUGGGGCAUACAGCCUGACACUACAUCUAAUAGGUGUGUGUAUGUAUGCGUGAUUUAUAUAUAUAUAUAUAUAUAUAUAUAUAUAUAUAUAUAUAUAUAUAUAUAUAUUAUAGACUGUACAUACACUCCCUCUUACACUAGCUACACUACACUACAGGCAAAUCUUACUGAGCAAAAUGGCUGCCGCUGCUAUACCUUUUUAGAGUUAUCAUAUGAGGGGGUGGGUGGGAAUGUUUUUUUGAAAACUUUUGUGUCAAACAAGAAAAAGUCCAGAAACCUCCGUUCCUGACGUGUUGUUGAGGAGUAAUGUGGAACACCUGAAUAUUUCAGGUCAUUUUACUUUUUUAUUUUCUUGUGAUUGACGCCUGCACCGGGGCCCUUAAAUCGUUGAAUCACCCAUUUGUGUCUGUCUGUUAUUUCUUCUGAUUGAUCCCCUUUUGUCCAGGCUACGGGUGCAACUGGGGGCCCCUCAGCUGGCGAAACCCACGGAAUAGAAUUGUGUGUGUACUGUAUUCGCACGCACACGUGUAUAGAUGUGACAAAUGUGCGCGUGUGUGUGUUUUUUGCGUAUGGAUUAAUUGCCAUAUUGGAUCUUUUAAUGUCAAUUUAUUGCCUGAUUAUUAUUUUUUUACAAUAUUAAAGCAGCAAUAUCCGUAAUGUUUAAAUCAGAAACAGUCUCUGCUCCCGUGUAAGGUUCUGCAGGGUAUGACGGGUUCUGGUUUCCAGCAGCUGUUGCAGAGCUGUGAGAGGUUUGCAUACAGCAGGAUUAUUCAGCAUGGGGAAGUACAUCUACCUGCAUGCUGGGGUGUGUAGUUCCACAGCUGCUGGAAGGCGUCAUGUUGAUUGGAGGAGCUGGGUGGCUCCGGGCCUCUGGUAUAAGGUCUUCUGUGCAUUUGUGCUACAGAUUGUUUUGUCACCAUUAUAUAAUUUUCUGUGGGUUUAUCUCACUGAUAGGGACACGCUAAGUGGGGAGGCCUCGGCUGCUGAGGAACCCACAGGGAACACUCACAGAGGCCCCUUCCACACUCUGCAUUAGGAAUAUGUGAUGAUGUUACAGAUCCUUAGGAUGGCCUGCUCACAGUGCAGUGAAGGGGACAUACUGCAUGUUGGAGCUGAACCAGUAUUUGAGAAUUAACCUUUACAUUCACUAAGACUGCACUGAAAGAUGUCCCGCAGAGGACGGAGAGCAUACAGCUAUACCCAGCGUACAUAGCCCUGUGCCCAGCAUAACACAGCUAUACCCAGCGUACAUAGCCCUGUGCCCAGCAUAACACAGCUAUACCCAGCGUACAUAGCCCUGUGCCCAGCAUAACACAGCUAUACCCAGCGUACAUAGCCCUGUGCCCAGCAUAACACCGCUAUACCCAGCAUACAUAGCCCUGUGCCCAGCAUAACACAGCUAUACCCAGCGUACAUAGCCCUGUGCCCAGCAUAACACAGCUAUACCCAGCGUACAUAGCCCUGUGCCCAGCAUAACACAGCUAUACCCAGCGUACAUAGCCCUGUGCCCAGCAUAACACACUCAUACACAGCCCUGUGCCCAGCAUAACACACUCAUACCCAGCGUACAUAGCCCUGUGCCCAGCAUAACAAAGCUAUACCCAGCGUACAUAGCCCUGUGCCCAGCAUAACACAGCUAUACCCAGCGUACAUAGCCCUGUGCCCAGCAUAACACAGCUAUACCCAGCGUACAUAGCCCUGUGCCCAGCAUAACACAGCUAUACCCAGCGUACAUAGCCCUGUGCCCAGCAUAACACCGCUAUACCCAGCGUACAUAGCCCUGUGUCCAGCAUAACAGUCAUACACAGCCCUGUGCCCAGCAUAACACACUCAUACACAGCCCUGUGCCCAGCAUAACACACUCAUACCCAGCACACACAGCCCUGUGUCCAGCAUAACACACUCAUACCCAGCAUACAUAGCCCUGUGCCCAGCAUAACACACUCAUACACAGCAUACAUAGCCCUGUGCCUGGUAUACCACACUCAUACCCAGCAUACAUAGCCCUGUGCCCAGCAUAACACACUCAUACACAGCAUACAUAGCCCUGUGCCUGGUAUACCACACUCAUACCCAGCAUACAUAGCCCUGUGCCCAGCAUAACACACUCAUACACAGCAUACAUAGCCCUGUGCCCAGCAUAACACUAAUACCCAGCAUACAUAACCCUGUGCCCAGCAUAACACACUCAUACACAGCAUACAUAGCCCUGUGCCCAGCAUAACACACUCAUACCCAGCAUACAUAGCCCUGUGCCCAGCAUAACACACUCAUACACAGCAUACAUAGCCCUGUGCCCAGCAUAAGUCAUACACAGCAUACAUAGCCCUGUGCCCAGCAUAACACACUCAUACCCAGCAUAACACACUCAUAUACAGCAUACAUAGCCCUGUGCCCAGCAAAACACACUCAUACCCAGCAUACAUAUGCUGGGCACAGGGCUAACACACUCAUACACAGCAUACAUAGCACUGUGCCCAGCAUAACACACUCAUACCCAGCAUACAUAGCCCUGUGCCCAGCAUAACACACUCAUACAUAGCCCUGUGCCCAGCAUAACACACUCAUACACAGCAUACAUAGCCCUGUGCCCAGCAUAACACACUCAUACCCAGCAUACAUAGCCCUGUGCCCAGCAUAACACACUCAUACACAGCAUACAUAGCCCUGUGCCCAGCAUAACACACUCAUAUACAGCAUAUAUAGCCCUGUGCCCGGCAUAACACACUCAUACACAGCAUACAUAGCCCUGUGCCCAGCAUAACACAGCUAUACCCAGCGUACAUAGCCCUGUGCCCAGCAUAACACAGCUAUACCCAGCGUACAUAGCCCUGUGCCCACAUAACACAGCUAUACCCAGCGUACAUAGCCCUGUGUCCAGCAUAACACCGCUAUACCCAGCGUACAUAGCCCUGUGCCCACAUAACACAGCUAUACCCAGCGUACAUAGCCCUGUGUCCAGCAUAACACAGUCAUACACAGCCCUGUGCCCAGCAUAACACACUCAUACACAGCAUACAUAGCCCUGUGCCUGGUAUACCACACUCAUACCCAGCAUACAUAGCCCUGUGCCCAGCAUAACACACUCCUACACAGCAUACAUAGCCCUGUGCCAGGUAUACCACACUCAUACCCAGCAUACAUAGCCCUGUGCCCAGCAUAACACACUCAUACACAGCAUACAUAGCCCUGUGCCCAGCAUAACACUAAUACCCAGCAUACAUAACCCUGUGCCCAGCAUAACACACUCAUACACAGCAUACAUAGCCCUGUGCCCAGCAUAACACACUCAUACCCAGCAUACAUAACCCUGUGCCCAGCAUAAGUCAUACACAGCAUACAUAGCCCUGUGCCCAGCAUAACACACUCAUACCCAGCAUAACACACUGAUAUACAGCAUACAUAGCCCUGUGCCCAGCAUAACACACUCAUACCCAGCAUACAUAUGCUGGUCACAGGGCUAACACACUCAUACACAGCAUACAUAGCACUGUGCCCAGCAUAACACACUCAUACCCAGCAUACAUAGCCCUGUGCCCAGCAUAACACACUCAUACAUAGCCCUGUGCCCAGCAUAACACACUCAUACACAGCAUACAUAGCCCUGUGCCCAGCAUAACACACUCAUACCCAGCAUACAUAGCCCUGUGCCCAGCAUAACACACUCAUACACAGCAUACAUAGCCCUGUGCCCAGCAUAACACACUCAUAUACAGCAUAUAUAGCCCUGUGCCCGGCAUAACACACUCAUACACAGCAUACAUAGCCCUGUGCCCAGCAUAACACACUCAUAUACAGCAUAUAUAGCCCUGCGCCCGGCAUAACACACUCAUACCCAGCAUAUAUAGCCCUGUGCCCGGCAUAACACACUCAUACCCAGCAUACAUAGCCCUGUGCCCAGCAUAACACACUCAUACCCAGCAUACAUAGCCCUGUGCCCAGCAUAACACACUCAUACAUAGCCCUGUGCCCAGCAUAACACACUCAUACACAGCAUACAUAGCCCUGUGCCCAGCAUAACACACUCAUACCCAGCAUACAUAGCCCUGUGCCCAGCAUAACACACUCAUACCCAGCAUACAUAGCCCUGUGCCCAGCAUAACACACUCAUACCCAGCAUACAUAGCCCUGUGCCCAGCAUAACACACUCAUACACAGCAUACAUAGCCCUGUGCCCAGCAUAACACACUCAUACAUAGCCCUGUGCCCAGCAUAACACCCUCAUACACAGCAUAAAUAGCCCUGUGCCCAGCAUAAGUCAUACACAGCAUACAUAGCCCUGUGCCAUGCAUAACACACUCAUACCCAGCAUACAUAGCCCUGUGCCCAGCAUAACACACUCAUACCCAGCAUACAUAGCCCUGUGCCCAGCAUAACACACUCAUACCCAGCAUACAUAGCCCUGUGCCCAGCAUAACACACUCAUACACAGCAUACAUAGCCCUGUGCUCAGCAUAACACACUCAUACACAGCAUACAUAGCCCUGUGCCCAGCAUAACACACUCAUACCCAGCAUACAUAGCCCUGUGCCCAGCAUAACACAUUCAUACAUAGCCCUGUGCCCAGCAUAACACACUCAUACACAGCAUACAUAGCCCUGUGCCCAGCAUAAGUCAUACACAGCAUACAUAGCCCUGUGCCCAGCAUAACACACUCAUACACAGCAUACACAGCAUACAUAGCCCUGUGCCCAGCAUAACACACUCAUACCCAGCAUACAUAGCCCUGUGCCCAGCAUAACACACUCAUACACAGCAUACAUAGCCCUGUGCCCAGCAUAACACACUCAUACACAGCAUAUAUAGCCCUGUGCCCAGCAUAACACACUCAUACCCAGCAUACAUAGCCCUGUGCCCAGCAUAACACACUCAUACCCAGCAUACAUAGCCCUGUGCCCAGCAUAACACACUCAUACACAGCAUAUAUAGCCCUGUGCCCAGCAUAACACACUCAUACCCAGCAUACAUAGCCCUGUGCCCAGCAUAACACACUCAUACACAGCAUACAUAACCCUGUGCCCAGCAUAACUCACUCAUACCCAGCAUACAUAGCCCUGUGCCCAGCAUAACACACUCAUACACAGCAUACAUAGCCCCGUGCCCAGCAUAAGUCAUACACAGCAUACAUAGCCCUGUGCCCAGCAUAACACACUCAUACACAGCAUAUAUAGCCCUGUUCCCAGCAUAACACACUCAUACCCAGCAUAGAUAGCCCUGUGCCCAGCAUAACACACUCAUACACAGGAUACAUAGCCCUGUGCCCAGCAUAACACACUCAUACACAGCAUACAUAGCCCUGUGCCCAGCAUUACUCACUAAUACACAGCAUACAUAGCCCUGUGCCCAGCAUAACACACUCAUACCCAGCAUACAUAGCCCUGUGCCCAGCAUAACACACUCAUACACAGCAUACAUAGCCCUGUGCCCAGCAUUACUCACUAAUACACAGCAUACAUAGCCCUGUGCCCAGCAUAACACACUCAUACCCAGCAUACAUAGCCCUGUGCCCAGCAUAACACACUCAUACCCAGCAUACAUAGCCCUGUGCCCAGCAUAACACACUCAUACACAGCAUACAUAGCCCUGUGCUCAGCAUAACACACUCAUACACAGCAUACAUAGCCCUGUGCCCAGCAUAACACACUCAUACCCAGCAUACAUAGCCCUGUGCCCAGCAUAACACACUCAUACAUAGCCCUGUGCCCAGCAUAACACACUCAUACACAGCAUACAUAGCCCUGUGCCCAGCAUAAGUCAUACACAGCAUACAUAGCCCUGUGCCCAGCAUAACACACUCAUACACAGCAUACACAGCAUACAUAGCCCUGUGCCCAGCAUAACACACUCAUACCCAGCAUACAUAGCCCUGUGCCCAGCAUAACACACUCAUACACAGCAUACAUAGCCCUGUGCCCAGCAUAACACACUCAUACACAGCAUACAUAGCCCUGUGCCCAGCAUAACACACUCAUACACAGCAUAUAUAGCCCUGUGCCCAGCAUAACACACUCAUACCCAGCAUACAUAGCCCUGUGCCCAGCAUAACACACUCAUACACAGCAUAUAUAGCCCUGUGCCCAGCAUAACACACUCAUACCAAGCAUACAUAGCCCUGUGCCCAGCAUAACACACUCAUACACAGCAUACAUAGCCCUGUGCCCAGCAUAACUCACUCAUACCCAGCAUACAUAGCCCUGUGCCCAGCAUAACACACUCAUACACAGCAUACAUAGCCCUGUGCCCAGCAUAAGUCAUACACAGCAUACAUAGCCCUGUGCCCAGCAUAACACACUCAUACACAGCAUAUAUAGCCCUGUUCCCAGCAUAACACACUCAUACCCAGCAUAGAUAGCCCUGUGCCCAGCAUAAGUCAUACAUAGCCCUGUGCCCAGCAUAACACACUCAUACACAGCAUACAUAGCCCUGUGCCCGGCAUAACACACUCAUACCCAGCAUACAUAGCCCUGUGCCCAGCAUAACACACUCAUACCCAGCAUACAUAGCCCUGUGCCUAGCAUAACACAGCUACACCCAGCAUACAUAGCCCUGUGCCCAGCAUAAGUCAUACACAGCAUACAUAGCCCUGUGCCCAGCAUAACACACUCAUACCCAGCAUACAUAGCCCUGUGCCCAGCAUAACACACUCAUAUACAGCAUAUAUAGCCCUGUGCCCGGCAUAACACACUCAUACCCAGCAUACAUAGCUAUGGGCCCACCAUAACACACUCAUACACAGCAUACAUAGCUAUGUGCCCACCAUAACACACUCAUACACAGCAUACAUAGCCCUGUGCCCAGCAUAACACACUCAUACCCAGCAUACAUAGCCUUGUGCCCAGCAUAACACACUCAUACCCAGCAUACAUAGCCCUGUGCCCAGCAUAACACACUCAUACACAGCAUACAUAGCCCUGUGCCCAGCAUAACACACUCAUACCCAGCAUACAUAGCCCUGUGCCCAGCAUAACACACUCAUACCCAGCAUACAUAGCCCUGUGCCCAGCAUAACACACUCAUACACAGCAUACAUAGCCCUGUGCCCAGCAUAAGUCAUACACAGCAUACAUAGCCCUGUGCCCAGCAUAACACACUCAUAUACAGCAUACAUAGCCCUGUGCCCGGCAUAACACACUCAUACACAGCAUACAUAGCCCUGUGCCUGGUAUACCACACUCAUACCCAGCAUACAUAGCCCUGUGCCCAGCAUAACACACUCAUACACAGCAUACAUAGCCCUAUGCCCAGCAUAGCACACUCAUACCCAGCAUACAUAGCCCUGUGCCCAGCAUAACACACUCAUACCCAGCAUACAUAGCCCUGUGCCCAGCAUAAGUCAUACACAGCAUACAUAGCCCUGUACCCAGCAUAACACACUCAUACCCAGCAUACAUAGCCCUGUGCCCAGCAUAACACUCAUACCCAGCAUACAUAGCCCUGUGCCCAGCAUAACACACUCAUACCCAGCAUACAUAGCCCUGUGCCCAGCAUAACACACUCAUACCGAGCAUACAUAGCCCUGUGCCCAGCAUAACACACUCAUACACAGCAUACAUAGCCCUGUACCCAGCAUAACACACUCAUACACAGGAUACAUAGCCCUGUGCCCAGCAUAACACACUCAUACACAGCAUACAUAGCCCCGUGCCCAGCAUAACACACUCAUACACAGCAUAUAUAGCCCUGUGCCCAGCAUAACACACUCAUACACAGCAUACAUAGCCCUGUGCCCAGCAUAACACACUCAUACACAGCAUACAUAGCCCUGUGCCCAGCAUAACACACUCAUACACAGCCCUGUGCCUGGUAUACCACACUCAUACACAGCAUACAUAGCCCUGUGCCCAGCAUAACACACUCAUACACAGCAUACAUAGCCCUGUGCCCAGCAUAACACACUCAUACCCAGCAUACAUAGCCCUGUGCCCAGCAUAACACACUCAUACACAGCAUACAUAGCCCUGUGCCCAGCAUUACUCACUAAUACACAGCAUACAUAGCCCUGUGCCCAGCAUAACACACUCAUACCCAGCAUACAUAGCCCUGUGCCUAGCAUAACACAGCUACACCCAGCAUACAUAGCCCUGUGCCCAGCAUAAGUCAUACACAGCAUACAUAGCCCUGUGCCCAGCAUAACACACUCAUACCCAGCAUACAUAGCCCUGUGCCCAGCAUAACACACUCAUAUACAGCAUAUAUAGCCCUGUGCCCGGCAUAACACACUCAUACCCAGCAUACAUAGCUAUGGGCCCACCAUAACACACUCAUACACAGCAUACAUAGCUAUGUGCCCACCAUAACACACUCAUACACAGCAUACAUAGCCCUGUGCCCAGCAUAACACACUCAUACCCAGCAUACAUAGCCUUGUGCCCAGCAUAACACACUCAUACCCAGCAUACAUAGCCCUGUGCCCAGCAUAACACACUCAUACACAGCAUACAUAGCCCUGUGCCCAGCAUAACACACUCAUACCCAGCAUACAUAGCCCUGUGCCCAGCAUAACACACUCAUACCCAGCAUACAUAGCCCUGUGCCCAGCAUAACACACUCAUACACAGCAUACAUAGCCCUGUGCCCAGCAUAAGUCAUACACAGCAUACAUAGCCCUGUGCCCAGCAUAACACACUCAUAUACAGCAUACAUAGCCCUGUGCCCGGCAUAACACACUCAUACACAGCAUACAUAGCCCUGUGCCUGGUAUACCACACUCAUACCCAGCAUACAUAGCCCUGUGCCCAGCAUAACACACUCAUACACAGCAUACAUAGCCCUAUGCCCAGCAUAGCACACUCAUACCCAGCAUACAUAGCCCUGUGCCCAGCAUAACACACUCAUACCCAGCAUACAUAGCCCUGUGCCCAGCAUAAGUCAUACACAGCAUACAUAGCCCUGUACCCAGCAUAACACACUCAUACCCAGCAUACAUAGCCCUGUGCCCAGCAUAACACUCAUACCCAGCAUACAUAGCCCUGUGCCCAGCAUAACACACUCAUACCCAGCAUACAUAGCCCUGUGCCCAGCAUAACACACUCAUACCGAGCAUACAUAGCCCUGUGCCCAGCAUAACACACUCAUACACAGCAUACAUAGCCCUGUACCCAGCAUAACACACUCAUACACAGGAUACAUAGCCCUGUGCCCAGCAUAACACACUCAUACACAGCAUACAUAGCCCCGUGCCCAGCAUAACACACUCAUACACAGCAUAUAUAGCCCUGUGCCCAGCAUAACACACUCAUACACAGCAUACAUAGCCCUGUGCCCAGCAUAACACACUCAUACACAGCAUACAUAGCCCUGUGCCCAGCAUAACACACUCAUACACAGCCCUGUGCCUGGUAUACCACACUCAUACACAGCAUACAUAGCCCUGUGCCCAGCAUAACACACUCAUACACAGCAUACAUAGCCCUGUGCCCAGCAUAACACACUCAUACCCAGCAUACAUAGCCCUGUGCCCAGCAUAACACACUCAUACACAGCAUACAUAGCCCUGUGCCCAGCAUUACUCACUAAUACACAGCAUACAUAGCCCUGUGCCCAGCAUAACACACUCAUACCCAGCAUACAUAGCCCUGUGCCCAGCAUAACACACUCAUACCCAGCAUACAUAGCCCUAUGCCUAGCAUUACUCACUAAUACACAGCAUACAUAGCCCUGUGUCCAGCAUAACACACUCAUACCCAGCAUACAUAGCCCUGUGCCCAGCAUAACACACUCAUACCCAGCAUACAUAGCCCUGUGCCCAGCAUAACACACUCAUACCCAGCAUACAUAGCCCUGUGCCCAGCAUAACACACUCAUACCCAGCAUACAUAGCCCUGUGCCCAGCAUAACACACUCAUACACAGCAUACAUAGCCCUGUGCCCAGCAUAACACACUCAUACACAGCAUACAUAGCCCUGUGCCCAGCAUAACACACUCAUACCCAGCAUACAUAGCCCUGUGCCCAGCAUAACUCACUAAUACACAGCAUACAUAGCUCUGUGCCCAGCAUAACACACUCAUACCCAGCAUACAUAGCCCUGUGCCCAGCAUAACACACUCAUACCCAGCAUACAUAGCCCUGUGCCCAGCAUAACACACUCAUACCCAGCAUACAUAGCCCUGUGCCCAGCAUAACACACUCAUACCCAGCAUACAUAGCCCUGUGCCCAGCAUAACACACUCAUACACAGCAUACAUAGCCCUGUGCCCAGCAUUACUCACUAAUACACAGCAUACAUAGCCCUGUGCCCGGCAUAACACACUCAUAUACAGCAUACAUAGCCCUGUGCCCAGCAUAACUCACUCAUACCCAGCAUAAAUAGCCCUGUGCCCAGCAUAACUCACUCAUACCCAGCAUACAUAGCCCUGUGCCCAGCAUAACUCACUCAUACCCAGCAUACAUAGCCCUGUGCCCAGCAUAACACACUCAUACACAGCAUACAUUGCCCUGUGCCCAGCAUAACACACUCAUACACAGCAUACAUAGCCCUGUGCCCAGCAUACAUAGCCCUGUGCCCAGCAUAACACACUCAUACACAGGAUACAUAGCCCUGUGCCCAGCAUAACACACUCAUACACAGCAUACAUAGCCCUGUGCCCAGCAUAACACACUCAUACACAGCAUACAUAGCCCUGUUCCCGGCAUACGUCAUACACAGCAUACAUAGCCCUGUGCCCAGCAUAACACACUCAUACACAGCAUAUAUAGCCCUGUGCCCAGCAUAACACACUCAUACACAGCAUAUAUAGCCCUGUGCCCAGCAUAACACACUCAUACCCAGCAUACACAGCCCUGUGCCCAGCAUAACACACUCAUACCCAGCAUACAUAGCCCUGUGCCCAGCAUAACACACUCAUACCCAGCAUACAUAGCCCUGUGCCCAGCAUAACACACUCAUACCCAGCAUACAUAGCCCUGUGCCCAGCAUAAGUCAUACCCAGCAUACAUAGCCCUGUGACCACCAAGUGCCUUGUCUUACAAGCUCUUGCUUACCACCCAUAUCCCUGUGCCCAGGUUCAUGCUUUGCAAUGCCCAGCGGAUGACGUUUGCCCAUGGAUGAAGUCCCAGAUCUGUGUAUGCAGUGCAGUCACUCGGACCCCUCUACCACCGCUGCCAGCCUACAGCAGCCGCCAGAGCCCAGCCCAGCCCAGCAGGAGCCUAUAUCCCUACUGUACGGAGAGGCUCCAUUCUCUACGCCAUUGGUUCAGCCAACUACAUGGCAGCCUUCACUGUGCGUACGGCUUCCCGCAGAGCAUCUGAGCUGGUGCUGGACGCUGGGUGAACCCCGGCAUAGACUAAUAUAAUCUGUGCUGGAUUAUUACAGCCGACCUAAGUAUUACAUAUCAAUAGAUAGUACUCCUUUGUGUGUGUGUGAUAGAAGCAUGAGGUGUGACCCUGGAUGCAGAGUACUCUGCGACAGCUGGCUGAGCAUCAUGGGAAAUGUAGUUGUGUCCACCCUGGUGCACAGUUCAUAGUCUCUGAACUUUGACACUGAGCGUGUGAACAGCUGCUGUAUCCCUUUGCGAUGCUGACCACUGUGGGCGGUGCAUAGGUGAUUUUCCAGUUCCGGACCCUCACCCAGAACGGGGCGAUGUUCAGAGAGCUAAUGAAUGUAUUAUCUGGGCAUGUUAUAGGGGAAGGGGGUUUAAUGUGUUCCUGUGAGAACUGACAGGUGAUUUAUGGGCUAGGAAGGGAGACCCCGCUUAUAGAAUUUAAGGGGCGAUUUUUAUUUUUGGCUGCUGGCCGACUGACUCCGGUUCUUGUUUGUCAGAUGUGUUUCUGUACGUUAUACUGUACCCCCCCCCCCCCCCCAGCUGUUGGAGAAGCCAGCCGCCUAGAUCAUCAUUGCCACAAAGGGGUUUAGCAAUCUCCUCCCUUUGUAUUUCAUUCAGCUGUUUUGUGCCUUUUUUAUUUUUAUUUUUUUGUUUUUUUUAAACCUUGUUCAAACUUUUUUUUUUUAAGGGUAAUAAAAACAUAUUUUCCCUUCCAGAGUCAUAGGGGGCGCUGUUCUACAUGUUCCUAAUGCCACCUGACCUCUGGAAGUGAAGGGGUUAAUGUAGACCUUUCUGUCUCUCUCCAUGUACCAAUAUUUUAAUUUUUGUUAAUUUGUUUAUUUUCUCGACACAGGAUGCCAAAAAUAUAUACAAAAAAACUAAAACAAAAUAAAUAAAAAUUAUUGAAAAUGU